AUGAUUGCAGAGGCCAAGGCCCUCUAUGAGCCUCAGAGUCGGCUACCAGGCCCCAAGCCUGCACAGCUGGUAAGAAUUGGUGUCAGCACUGCGGAGUCCGGGUUGAUCCUCGGUAGUGCGGACAGCGCGGAGAGCGUCUGUUUCGAUUCCACGGGCCUCUUCCUGAACGGUCGAAAGAGGGAACCGGUCAAGAACAGCGUCAUCAAAGACUUGAGUGAGAGAUUGGAGGCAGACGGCUGCCAUGCGAAGAUCCAGCAUGCCGAAGAGGAGGCAGUCUUGCAUUUCCAGUGCCUUGCUGCGAAGACCUCUGCGGAACUGGCAGAGGCGCAGCUACGCGCAGAGUGCACGGAGCUUCGCGCCAAGGCAGAUGAGCAAUUCGAAAUGAAAGAGGCCCAGGUUCACCAGUUGCACAGCGCCAAGGAGGAGGCGGAUAGACUGCGAGAGCGCCUGGGCUGCAUGGCUCGAGGAAGGCGAACGCUCCGGCGCCGAGUGGAGGCGCUGUGCGAAGGAAAUGGCAGCCCCGAGGAGGCCGAAGAGAAGUGUCGGAGGCUUUGUGAAGAGGCAGCCGUGGCCUUCAACAUCAACGCCGAGCUCGAGGAGCAGAGAUCAGAGCUUCUCCAAUCGAUGCAACAACUCGCAUCUGAGCAUCAGCUGCUUCACGAGAACAGGGAACUGGCAGAGCGCUGUGCAGCUCUGGAAUUGGCGCUCCAGGAGAAAACAUCCCAGGGCAAAUCCAGUUUGCAGCAGCGGGUUGUGGAGCUGGAGUUGCAACUGGCCGAGUUUGUACUCGGUGCUGCAGAUGCCCCGCUGCCAAAGGAGGUUCAGCAGGAGCUCGAGACGCUUCGCCAGACUUGUCAGGAACUCGCCGUGCGGGCCGAAGAGGCUGCAACGAGCACUCCCCAGUAUGCCCUGCAGCGCAUCGAAGAUCUCGAGGCGCAGCUAUCCAGGUCUGUGCUGCAUGCUGGUCCGGAAGAGGAGAAGCUACGAAAUCGCUGCACGCAACUCGAGGGAGAGUUGCUCACAGUCCAGGAGGACCUGGGAAGCUCCAAGAGAGAGGCGAGGAGCGCCAGGGAGGAGGUUGGCGAGCUGCGGCAGGAGUUGCAGCGGGCAGAGGGUGAAUCCGAGCGCCUAUGUGACGACGUUCGAGCCGGCGAGGAGACUGCAGAAAUCCGCGAAGAGGAGCUGCGUAGCUUGCGCGUGGAGGUGCGUCGACUUCGCAAGAAGCUGGUCUCGAAAGAGUUUGGGCACAGCAAGGUGGCAGGGCUGCUCGUGAACUUAGAUCCGAGCAGUCCCAAUGCCAAUACGGUGAGCCUCUUCAUCAAUGGAGUUAGAGCGUCACAGCCACAGAAGCUGCCAGAGUCCAUGCUCGGCAAGGCAGUGUUUCCCGCGGUCACCUUCCGCAACGUCACGCUGCAGGUGCACUUUGGCGCAGCGCCCUUGAGGCAGCUACCGUUCAAGUGCCACACAUGGCAGGAAGUGCAGAAAGCGCACAGUGAGGUCAAAGCAUCGCCUGCGCCCAAAGAUGGCAAAUACCAGGUGCUGUUGCCCGUGGGUCUUCCAGACGAAGCGACCUUCGACUGGGUUGACCAGUUCUUGUCCAAAAACAAGAACUACACUGAGAUUAGCGACCGGUCGAUCCUUGACUGGGCGAGCAAAAGUGGCCUCCAGCGAUCGGGUGGCUAUUUCAAGAGGACCUCGCACGAUCACCCCGAGAUGCAUUUCGGACUUCCGCUGAUGGACGACUACAGCGUCAGCAAAGUGCUGAAAGCCUUCGCCACAGUUUUGCCUCGGAACUUCAUCAUUGCAGAGGUGAGGAACAACCUCUUAGCUGAUGAGCGACAGAGGACACUGGCGCGCUUUCCCAGCCACUGCUACACCAAGGAAGUGCGAGUGCUGGUCGGCGAGCCAGCUGCCGAUUACAAAACCUUCAUCCAGCAAGUCAUGCUGAAAGACAAGAAGGAGAAAGCAGAAGCGGAGGCGAAGAGAAAAAAGGCGGAAGCUGUCGCCAAGCAGGCGGAAGAGGAGAGAAGAAAGAAGCGCCUGGAAGAACAGAAGCAGCGAGACGAGGCAGAGAAGGACGGAAAUGGAGCAGAAGGAGGAGAGGAUGGGAAGGACAAGGACGAGGCGAUGGAGGAGCCGGAGGAGAAAGAAGAUCCGAAGGAAGAGGAGAAGGUCGAAGAAGCCAAGGAUGAACCUAUGGAGGAGGUCCAUGUGGAGCUGACAGAGGAGGAGAAAAAGCUCUGGUUUCGCCGCAAGGAUGUGCCAGACCUCACAUCGAAGGAGACUGGAGUGAGGGGAGAAGAUGCCCUUGACAAAUAA